AUGGCUCAAGCCGGCGAUGCCAUCUCGCCUACCUCGUCCAAGCGCUCCCGUAGCAAGGACAGCACGCGAUCAAUCACCACCUCGUCCCUCAACACCCCGGCCGCCAACACUCCCUCUGUGAGCACGAAUAGUCUCGUCAUCUCCACUGCCCCCGUCACAAGCGAAGCAACCGGCGAAGAUGCAGUUCCCUAUCCCGCUUUCCUGAAGCAGAGCAAGGACAUAAAUACCAAAUGGAAUCGCUUGGAGAUGGCGCAAAUGGAGCGCCUAAGGGAUACGGCCCAGGGCACUGGACCCGACGAACCCGGCAAGUGGGCAAGGUGCUUUGGGGAAGACUACGCCAUCCGCAACCGAUACAUCAACGUCGACCCAUACCAGUCCAACAGAGUGCAUCUUGACGUACCAGAGGGCCAUUUCGAUUACAUCAAUGCCUCGCCAAUACUGCUCGAGACCACCAAGUCUGGGACGGCGCUCAAGUACAUCGCGACCCAAGGCCCCAAAUCCGACAGCUGGUCGCAUAUCUGGCGCAUGAUAUGGAAGGAGAAUCAGUCGCCCGCAGUCAUAGUCAUGCUGACCCAGACCCACGAAGCGAACCGAGAGAAAUGCUACCCUUACUACCCGCAAUCGCCCUCGAGUCCGGACAUGCGCAUCAACGAGCACGACGAAUUCGAAGACGGCUUCGUACACAACCUUCACCUCGCGUCGUACACAAUAGAUGAAGAGGCGAGGACGCAAGUGAGGGAGAUCGAUAUGACCACGGAUGACGGCAGCGAGUCGAGGAAGAUCUGGCAUCUGCUCUUCGCUGGCUGGCCAGACUUCUCGGUACCAGAGGGCGACGAUCGCGCUGGCAUGCUGAAGUUGGUGGACAUCUCGCGAUCCAAGAACACAGACAACUCGACCAACCCACGCAUCGUUCACUGCAGCGCAGGCAUCGGUCGCAGUGGCACCUUUAUUGCGCUCGACUGGCUUAUGCAGGAGCUUGACGAGGGUGCCUUGGACGAUGUACCAGAGGACGAGGAUCCUGUACUAAGAGUUGUGGAGAUGCUCCGAGACCAGCGAGCUGGCAUGGUUCAGUCAAAGAUACAGUUCCAGUUCAUAUACGAUGUGAUGCGCGAGCGAUGGCGCGAACGAUGGAUCUCUGAACAUCCAGACGAAGCAAACCAGCUCGGCCUCGCAAUCGCUGCGCCCGCGUCCGAUAGCGAACAACCUGCCCUUAAGCGCCAAAAGUCGUUACACAAUAGCGAAGCCGCCAACGAAAGCCUUACGCUGCUGCCAUCCCGACCGGCGAGUUCGCGGGGUGCCUCCAGCUCGCCAGCGCCAGAUGCAGAGGCACGCGCACAGCUGGAAGCCGAGCUUCAGGAUGCGGACAUGGAGUAUGAGAAGGGCAAGACAUAG